AUGCCAGAACAUAACAUCGGCUUAUGCGGACGAGACUAUAUAGUUGCAAUUCUCAACGGACAUCCGAAAAACUGUUGGAACUUGUUUCGGAUGGAAAUAUAUGCAUUUGAAGCUUUAUGCAAUACAUUGCGGGCGAAUGAAUAUCUGGCAUCGACAAGAGAGGUUUUUGUGGAGGAAGCUUUGGCAAUGUUUGCAUACAUACUCGCACAUGCCCAAGUUCAACGAAUCACAGGCGACCGGUUUCAACACUCUACUGAAACCGUUAAUCGGCAUGUCUAUGCAGUGAUGCUUGCCCUAUGUAAUCUUGCUCCUGAUGUGAUUGCACCUACACAUACUACUGGGGUGGCGCCUUAUAUUCAAGAGGCAACUAACGCGUAUCUAUCUCGUCAUCAACAAGUUAGCCAAAAUGUGCUGGCAGCAUGUGAUUUUGACAUGAAAUUUACAUUCAUAUGUGCUAGCUGGGAAGGCACUGCCCAUGAUGCACGCCUGUUUAUGGAUGCGUUGAGUCGUCCAGGGAUCAAUUUCCCAUUGCCUCCUGAGGGUUAUUAUUACUUGGUUGAUUUCGCCUUUCCGUGCACACUUGGAUUUAUGCCCCUGUACCCCAGGGUGCGGGUGACACGACAGCGGUAUAUUGUCAUUGCAUGUUGUGUCAUGCAUAACAUUAUUCGAUCAAUUAUACCAAAUGACAAGAUAUGGCAUAAAUUUAACAAUCCGAAUCUUUAUGAAGGACAGACUGUUGAGGAUAACUCGGAACAUUUGUUGCAUAUACUUGACAUGUCAUCUGCCUCAACACAAGCCAUGGCUGGAACCAGGGACUCUAUCGCAAUAAAUAUGUGGGCACAUAGGGAGGCCCAUUGA